AUGUCUGAAGUUACACAGCAACAAUUUGCCCCAGCAUUCCCAGGCCCUGCAGCGCCUUCCACAGCACCGCUAGCGAUACCUUCAGCGGAACCAGCAUCACAUUCACAAUCCACACCAACACAAGAUCCCGUUUCUUCGGUCGCCUCACCCAACACCCCUCCGUCCAACACAUCUGGGAGGCGAGGACGCCCCGCUCCCGAUACUUCUGACGAUGAGGCUGCAUCAGGCCGGAAGACGAAGCGUACACGCAAGGGCAUAACCUGCACCUAUGACGCACCCUACACGAAGGGCGUCGCGGGAACUCCCCCUCCGCCCCCGGAGGGGGACAAUGGAGAAGCCCGUAACUACGCCAAACCGUUGAACGAAAAGGGAAAAGAACACCGUGAUAAGGGCUGGGCUGCCCGUUCAUGCGACCGCUGUCGAACCUACAAACUCCCUUGUCAAGGCAAGCUCCCAUGUGAAAUGUGCUUCAAUGAGAGAGUUGAGUGCACCUUCAAUCGUGCCCACCAAAGGCUUCCUGGUGCUUCGCCUGGCCCCCACGGCCACUUAGAAGACAUAUGCGCUCAGCAGUUGCGGGACAAUGCCUGGAAGGCCUGGCGAAAGAUUGCUGUUGCCCAGUCUCUCGGAAUGUCCAACCAGCCCGUUGUCACCGAUCAACUCGUUCUACUCUCUGGCGAUAUGCCCAUCAACCCUUCUGAGCCUCACAGAUUCCCCGAGACACCAGCGGUGUGGCGCCGAAUGCAGGACAAUUUCGCAAUUGGCUGGACCGAAACCUUCCACUUCCUCCACCGUCCCUCGGCGAGACUGUGGCAAGAUACGGUGUACCGAAAUUGGGUGGAGGAAGUGCCACUGGAGUCUCACAUCGGCCAAGCGAAGGCUGCCGUCGCGCUGAUGACCAUGGCCCUCGGGACUAUGUUCAACUACAGGCGCUGGCGACUUGCGAGAAAGGAGAUCAGUCAAAAUUGGCUCUGGACCGUCAACAACGGCGACAACUUGUUCCUCAUCACGUUCGACUUGACUGGCAGCGAACCGGGCCCGCCUAAGCUCGAAUCUGUGCAGGCUCGCCUUCUCCAAACGCUUUAUCUCCUCUGUACAUGUCGGCUCAGCCAAGCCUGCUACGUCUUUGGCAACGCCAUCCAAAUGCUCACCUGCCUUGGUUUGCACCGACGACGAGGCAAAAAUCGAGGUCUCGGUCCCGAGAUUGUUGUGCAUCCGGAAUACGCGAAGGUCCAGUGCGAGAGACGAACCUUCUGGUCGGCUUAUAUCAUCGACAAGCACAUAGCCGCGAUAACCGGCCAGCCCCCACACCUCAGCACCGACAUGACGGACCAGGCACUUCCAGACUGUGUGAACGACGAGGACAUGGGACAGGCCGGCCCUCUUCGCCCCCACAGAAAUGACUGCUAUAUGGAAGCGUUGCUUGAACAGGCCAAGCUGGCCCGACUUGUCGAGAAAAUAAAACGCCAGGUGUACACGCUUGAUGACGUCCCGGAAGCCGAGAGGCUUGAAUCUGCACUGCGCCUGGGGAAGGCCGUCGACGAGUUGCGAGCGCAGCUACCGCCGCUCAUGGCAGCCGUCAAACCCUCACUCCUCCAUUUCACUUGGCGUCGCCAGCAGAACUUGGUGCAGUUGGCCCACUUCCACGCGCAGAUGUUGGUCUAUCGGCCAUUUUUGACGACGGCAUACCCCACAGACCGCGAGAAGCAGCAAACCACGGAUUUCGCGAUCCGGACUUGCAUCGAGGCCGCCCGUGCCACGCUCACCAUCACCGUCAAUCUUGCCCGCGAGCAGGCGGAGCGAGAUAAAAGUCAUUUCCACACCCUCCUCCACCCUCACCACCUGACCUAUGUCGCCGCUUCAAUCCUGUUCCUCGUCCCGUACGUUCGGGACCGUCAGAGGGCGUCCGGUAGCAGAACCCACCCCAACUACAGACCUGAGACGGAUGCCAAGUUGGCCGAGCUUGCCAACAAAGCCGUUAAAGCUCUUGUUCAAGGGACUAACCAAUACUCACCUGCACGGAGAUGGGCCGUCAUUCUCGAGGAGCUCCAGGAAGAAGUGGUCCGGCAACUCUCCCAAGAUAGGGCCCCGAGCAACGAGCAGACCGAUGAGACCCGUGGCGGCGACCUCGACACCCUCGACGAGCAGCUACUCGAGGAUGCACUCCGUGCUCAUUGGGAAGCGGACAUUGCCCGCGAAGCUGCCGGCGACCAGUCCGUCAACAAUGGCACACCCCGCAGUCCCGCCCCCGCCCUUGUUACACGAUUAUGGGAUAAAUGGAAGACUACAGACUGGCUGGAUUUCGAUUCCGCGGCCUUUGGCCCGAUUUCCGCAUUUGAGAAUGGCGACCUCCCCAUCGCUCCCGAACCUUAA